AUGCCGAUCUGCCCAGCUGUCGCGUGUGCCACGUCUGGUCCUUCCAGCGUCGUUGCUGUGAAGAAAGUGGUUCAACAGGCCCGGGUGGAGCCUGGGCUCAACCCUGUGAAGGUUUCCCAGGCAGCUGCAGAUUUGAAACAAUUCUGUCUGCAGAAUGCUCAACAUGACCCACUGCUGACUGGAGUAUCUUCAAACCCCUUCAGACCCCAGAAAGUCUGUUCCUUUUUGUAA